AUGUUGGGGACAGUUAGCCGCCGGUACAACCAUUUCAGCCAUCAAUGGCAACCAUCACAAGACAGACAGUCAUUGAGUUAUCCGAUUAACCGAUGGUUACGAUCGGUACAAAUGUUUGACGAUAGUGACGACGACAACGAUAUCCUGGAUCUGGUAGUCAUCAAAAAUAAGUGCAUAAAAUCAGUGAUCAUACCGUACGGCGUGUCGUUAUCGGACAGCAGGUAUACACUGUCUAACGGUACGGGUAUUGUAGUGGACACUAGCGAUCAUCUCUGUAUAACCAAUGCUCAUGUAGUUCAAGGAUGUACUCAUACUGUGGUCUGGAUUAAUAACAAUCAAUUGAUUGAACAGUUGUACGGCGAUGUCAUCUAUGUUGAACAGCAUCUGGAUCUGGCAAUCAUACGGCUCCGGGAUGUAGGCGAGGCUAAUAUUAGACUAGAAAAAUUGCAUCUCUAUUACGAUUGGGCACCGGAUUUGGGCGAACCGGUAGCCAGUUUUGGUGGCGGAGGCGAUACACUCAAUACUGUCGGUUCGGGUCUAAUAGUCAGACAUGGGGUCUAUCCGGCGGACAUUGACGACGAUUACUAUACAGUUAGUCUGGUCUAUAGUAGUACUGCCGAUAGUAUACCAAUUAGCUAUCAUACGGCUAGCAGUGGUUACGGUUUUUCUGGCGGUCCUGUCAUCGAUACCGAUGCCAGUGUUAUGGGUAUACUGUGGGGAUCGGCCGGCAAUGAUGAGGGACCCUAUUAUUUCAUUUAUAAUAAGUACGUGUACGAUUUUAUCAAAAGAGCUAAAACCUAUAUACAAACAAAGUUACCGCUAGUAGUGGAGGACAGACAUACAAAUUGGUUGUUGAGAGGAACGGUAGGACGAAAGCUGGGUCUGAUCUAUGCUGUAGACGUCGACACCGGUUUGGCAACUAUUCGCGGGUUUUUACCGCAAACUGGUGUCUCGGUUGGUGGCAAUCAUCUACUGCCGGGUAUUCAGUCAAUAAAACCGGACAUCAAUCUACAUGAACUAAUUGAUGAAACAAUAGUAGCCAUUAAUGGCCAACAGUUUAAUGAUAUCAAACAGUUGAUCGUAGCGGUCGACGAUAUCGGCACCGAUGAUGGGGAGGACAGUCGUCCUCCUAAUAAAAAGAUGACACUAACUGUAAGCGGUGUACACAACGGUUUGGACAUUGAAUUGACGGCCAAUGUUAGCGUCGAUGAAAUGCCAAUUAAUUUUUAG